AUGCACCAGAAUCUGUCAUCCAAGCUGGGGGGGAAUGAUGCACCGAUUCCGCCAGCCCUUAAUAUCAUGAAUCGCAUUGCCCAAGUAGCAAAUUGUCUUCAUGUUCUCGUCGCUUUCGAGUAUGGAAGAUCUAUCUUAGCAAUAAAUCGACGGGUGCUUGAAUAUGCUGAUUACAAAAGUCGUGCGACAGACUUGACACCGCAGCUAUGUCGUCUUGUUGCUGCAUUACCUACACACCAGCACGUAGAAGAUACCGCAGUGCUGGCCCAAGAGCUGUUCUUGGCCCUGGAAAAGAUUGCCGAAACUGCUGUCCACCACGAUUUUCUUGUACUCUUACGGACAGACCUUGUUCUGGGUAUUUAUCGUCGGCUUCGUGUUUUGGAUGCCAAGUAUCACCAUGGCCACAAUGAAAAAAUCAUUUCUGCCGGUAUGGUAGCCUUACCUGCAGCAAGAAAGUUGGUCAGCCAAAAUCAACCUUGGUGGAAUGUCAUUGGAUCAGUCUUCCAGUUUGUAUGUGCUCUGAUCGUUAUGGAUACGCCAGCGAGCUGUGAAAGGCUUGUGGAUGCCAUGGACACUUUGGAAUUCAUCGUUAGCCAUCUGGACACCCACUUGGCAAAGGAAGCUCUUUCAACCGCUCGCCAACUCGUCCAUGCCUCACUGAAUAAGAAACGAAAAGGGGUUGAAGUACUUCAACGCAUUGUAGGAACAGAGACACCAGAAGCUGCUAUCAGUACGCAAAGGGUGAAUGAAUUAUCUCAAGAUAUGGUAUCGCUGAGUCCUCUACUUGCAGGCCAGCUGCCGUUCGACUUGGAUUAUCUAUGGGCCACGGAAUUUAACCUCCCCUCGUGA